AAUAUCCAAACUUUUGUGCAAAACCCAAAAGGGUAAAAUAUUUGUGAAUAGUUUAACUAAAACUCAAAGAAAAUAUGCUCAGAAGAAUUAAAACACAUUUCUAGCUCAAAGGCUAAUGUAGACAGUAUUUACUUCUAACUUCCAGAUAAAACAAAACAAAACAAAACAAAACAAAACAAAACAAAAAAACAAAACAAAACAACCAUGAGAAACAUGAACCAAGAUAAAAAUAAAAAUUGACUUCUAGAAACAGCCCCAGAGUAGUGGCAUUGGGAACCAAAUACAUUCAUGUAAAGGAAAGUGUGGAAAUUGUAUUUUACAUUUCAGAAAACAAAGGAAAGGAUUGAGGCUGUCAGAGAGACUCCUCUUCCCCUUCUGACUUUUCUUGCACAGGCACACUUACAGGCAUCCCUUUUGAGCCUAUUUAGCCACAAACUCAGCUAACACAUUCAGACUGAAUUCCUGCCACACCCAGUGACUGUUAUCUAACUUAAGUUGUCUGGGUAACCACUGGGGUUGGGAGCCUGAGGAAGCUCUUGGUCUUUUGUCAGUAUCUUCUAGACCAGGCAGUGGGCACAGCAGAGGGAUUUAGCUCCAACCAGGAUGUUAUCUGUGACCUGGGGCAUGAGGCUAGUGGAAAGACCUGUGGUCCCCAGGGUCCUCCUCUUGCUGUUUGCAAUCUGGCUGCUCCUCCUGGUUCCAGUCCUGUGUUCUCAAGGCCAUCCCACUUGGCGUUACAUCUCCUCAGAAGUGGUUAUUCCUCGGAAGGAGACCUACCAUAGCAAAGGAAUUCAAGCACAAGGACGGCUCUCAUAUAGCUUGCGUUUUAGAGGCCAGAGACAUAUCAUCCACCUGCGAAGAAAGACACUCAUUUGGCCCAGACACUUGUUGGUAACAACUCAGGAUGACCAAGGAGCCUUACAGAUGGAUUAUCCAUUUUUUCCUGCAGAUUGUUACUAUAGUGGCUACCUGGAGGGGAUCCCUCAAUCCAUGGUCACUGUGGAUACUUGUUAUGGGGGCCUGUCAGGGGCCAUGAUGUUGGAUGACCUUGCCUAUGAAAUCAAACCCCUCAACGAUUCACAGAGGUUUGAACACCUUGUCUCUCGGAUAGUAGCUGAGUCUGAUGGAACGGGGCCUAUGAAUGCAUGGAAGCACUUGAGUCAUAAUACAGGUCCUCCCUUCUCCAAAACGGAAUAUGCCGAUGGAGCUCCCAGAAUUUCUAGUAAGAACUAUGCUACACAUCCAGCCUCUAUAAAAGGCCAUUUUAUAAUGACCUUUUCUUUAUUUGAUGAUAUUACCAGCAACGUUAAUGAAAAUAAAUUUAAGAGUGUUAUGGACUAUUCGUUUAAACUAAUUAGUUUAAUGGACACCUUUCUGACCAAAAUUCAUCUGCGGUACUAUGUCUUUCUCAUAACUGUGUUUACUCAACAGGAUCCAUUUCCUCAUGACUUUAGUGAAUCAGGGCAAGCUCGUUCAUACUAUACAAAUUACUUUUAUUAUCAGUUUACGCCUGAUGCAGCACUUGCAGUUGAUAAUUCGGACCCACAUGAUUCUCAGGUCAAUCCACAGGAAAAGUCUCUAUGUACUGCUAAUUCCCUAAUUUUUGUUGGUAGGCAUAGGAGACAUUUUAUAGCUUUAUCUGUUUUCAUUACCAAUCGUGUUGGAAGGAGUUUAGGUCUAAAAUAUGAUGAUGAGACUUACUGUGUCUGUCAGAGAAGGAACACCUGCAUUAUGUUCAGGAAUCCUGAUAUAACAGAUUCAUUCAGCAAUUGUUCCCUUGUGGACAUAAGCGACAUUGUUAAUACUCCUGGUCUGAUGUCAUGUCUUUAUUAUGACCGCAAGGUUUAUUAUAAUACAACAUAUACCUAUACUUUUUGUGGAAACUUCAGAAUAGAUGAAGGUGAACAGUGUGACUGUGGCUCACAUAGGGCAUGCUAUGCAGAUCCCUGCUGUGGAAGUGAUUGCAGGUUAACACCUGGUAGCAUUUGUGAUAAAGAACUAUGCUGUGCAAACUGCUCCUUCAGUCCUUCUGGGGUACUCUGCAGACCUAUCCAGAACAUAUGUGAUCUUCCAGAGUACUGUAAUGGGAAUACAUACUUUUGCCCAAGUGACACUUAUCUGCAAGAUGGGACACCAUGCUCAGAAGAGGGGUACUGCUAUGAAGGCAACUGCACUGACCGAAGUGUACAGUGCAAGGAAAUCUUUGGUGUAAGUGCUAGGAAUGCUAAUACUAGGUGCUAUGACAUCAACAAAGAAAACUUUCGAUUUGGGCAUUGUACUAGAGUGCCAGAAAGUCUCACAUUCAAUGCUUGCAGUGAUGAAGAUAAGCUGUGUGGAAGGUUGCAGUGUACCAAUGUCACCAAUCUUCCUGUCUUGCAAGAACAUGUUUCAUUCCAUCAGUCGGUUAUCUCUGGGUAUACCUGCUUUGGGCUGGACGAACAUCGUGGGACAGAAACAACAGACAUUGGAAUGGUGAGACGUGGUAGUCGGUGCUCCACAACUAAGUUCUGCAACCAUGGAGCUUGCAGUGGACAUUUAUCUCAGUUGAAUUAUGAUUGCUCCCCUGAAAAAUGCAAUUUUAGAGGAUUGUGUAAUAAUCAUCGGAAUUGCCAUUGUCAUUUAGGUUGGAAACCUCCGAAUUGCAAUGUAGAGGGACCUAGUGGGAGCACAGACAGUGGAUCCCCUCCGGUUCACAGGCGCACAAUAAAGCAGAGCGAAGAACCAGUGGUAUUUUUAAGAAUGAUCUUUGGUCGUAUUUAUCUCUUGUUUGUCUCACUGCUCUUUGGCAUAGCCAAACGUGUAGGAGUUAUUAAGAUUUUUACAGUUGAAGGGUUGAAAACUGCUUUACAUUCUGGACCAGGAAGACGACCAAGGUAAAAAUGACUUAUAUCCUUGGCCCCCGUAAUAUAAUGAGAAUGCAAAAAACAAAAUCUGCAUGUCAGUAGGGGACAAGGGAGAAUUCCAGUCCACAGUUCUGGAAGGCCUUUGUUUAUAUCAUGGGGACUCAAGACCUGUUGGAUCUGGACACCACCUGAAAUUGGUGGUACGCUGAUGCUCACACCGGAAUAAAUUUUUCAAAACUUCAAA